CAAGAAGACUUGUGAUGCAGACCUGGCUCUGGGUUAGGUUCAAGUAAGUAGGUGAUGCUUGCCUUUCCGGUGGUUUACAGGGACAGCUUGUCUCUCUCUCUCUCUCUCAGCCUUGCUUGCUUGCUUCCUCCCUACUCCUAAACCUCGCCGAUCCUUUCCCUCCUUUUUGCUGUACCACAUCGCCAUCAUUUCUUGUUUAAUUCCUUCUCACAUUGGAGGCACCAAACCCGCGGUACUCCUCCAUCUUGAAGCAGUUGCAGCCAGGAGCUCAUCAUCAUCCGAGGAGUGCUCUUUCUCGUGGAGGAGGUUGCGAUGCCGCCCGCGAACCGUGGCGCCGCCGCCGGACCGAGCUCCGGCGGCAGGCACGGCCCGCCGGCAGCCACCGCAGCGCCCAAACGCAACAGGCCUCGCUAUCAUGCGUUCACCCAGCAACAACUCCCAGCAUGCAAGCCUAUACUGGCACCCAAUAUGGUCAUUCCCAUUCUUGUAUUCGUGGGCUUACUUUUCAUUCCGAUUGGCCUUGCUUGCUAUGCGGCUUCAAACAAGGUCUUUGAAGUGGUUUACCGAUACGACACGAAAUGCGUACCCAAGAACAUGCUUCACAACAAAGUGGGCUACAUCCAGAACGCGUCGAUAAACAAGACAUGCGUAAUAAAUCUCAAGAUCCCCAAUGCCAUGAAGAGGCCAAUCUUCGUAUACUACCAGCUCGACAGGUUCUACCAGAACCACAGGAGGUACGCGACGAGCUUCAACAUCGCGCAGCUGGGCGACCCCAAGGAGGAGGUAAACCCCUACAUAAAGGACUGCAAGCCUGAGGCCUACGCCGGCAAUGGCAGCCCCGUGGUGCCCUGUGGUCUCGUGGCCUGGAGCCUGUUCAACGACACCUACAGCUUCGCCCGCCGUCCCAGUGGCGGCGGCGGCGAGGCGCUGAGGGUGAUCAAGAGCGGGAUCUCGUGGCGGAGCGAGCGGGAGCGGCUGUUCGGCAAGCACGUGUACCCCAAGAACUUCCAGAACGGCACCCUCGUCGGCGGCGGGCGGCUCGACCCGAGAAAGCCCCUGAGCGAGCAGGAGGAGCUGAUGGUGUGGAUGCGGACGGCGGCGAUGCCGCGGUUCAGGAAGCUGUACGGGAGGGUGGAGGCGGACCUGGGCGCCGGCGAGACGGUGGCGGUGGCGGUGCGCAACCGCUACAACUCGUACAGCUUCGAGGGGGCCAAGGCGGUGGUGCUGUCCACGGCGGGGCCGCUGGGCGGGCGCAACCCGUUCCUCGGCCGCGCCUACCUCGUCACCGGCAUGGCCUGCCUCGUCCUCGCGCUGCUGCUCACCAUCGUCUGCCUCUUCUUCCCCAUGAAAGAGGAGCAUCUCCAGCUGCGGUAGCCAUCAUCUCUCCAAUCUCCAUGCCCGCAUGCCUCCAUGGAUCCCGUCGAGCUCGGCCUCUCUGGCUUACCAUGGAUGAAGACGUAGCAGGCCACCUCGAGAUUAUGCGGGUCUGGAACGUAGGUUCAGAAUGUACAGAACAGGAAAUUCAGUUUUUAAAAAAAAAAAAAAAAAAAAGGAAGUUGGAGCUGCAACGAAAAUGCCGCGCGCCUCGAGAUCUCGGUUUUUGCCGGAUCGGAUAUUUCGAAUGUAACAGGGCAAGCAAUAUAUUUCGGCUCUACUAGUUUUGGUCUA